CAGGUGACAGGGACAGCUUGGUCGAGAUGGCGACCUCCCAGAAGCUGACCGAACACUUCCUGACGUGUACAAUAUGUACAGAGGUUUUUGUCAAUCCCUGUACACUUGUGUGUUAUCACACUUUCUGUCGGAAAUGUGUCAUCAACUACACCAAAACUAGACCUGAAGCCGACAAUGCCAAGUCUCUCAUCUGCCCUUUCUGCAGCAAGAUGACGAAAGUGUCUGACCCUGAGAAACCAGUGGAGGAAUGGGCAGAUGACGUCAAGCCAAGCUUUGUCAUGCAGGGACUUUUGGACUCGUUUGGUCCGGAAUCCAAGGAUACAACCUUCUGUGCAUUCUGUAAAGAGGGACGGGAGACAACGCCAGCUGUUGUUUGGUGUUCUUUCUGCGAUGACGCACUAUGUGGGAAAUGUGUCAGAGUGCACAGUCGCAUCCCAGCUACACGUCACCAUGACGUCACUGACCUUUACGGGGAGGCCAAGGUCAAAAGAAAGCGAAAGGUCAUGUGCAAGGAACACAAGCAGGAAUGCGUGGAGUUUCUGUGUGAGGAUUGCGAGAAGAUGGUUUGUCACAAAUGUUGCAUCAUGUAUCACAGGAAGUGUGAUUCCGUUGUCACAAUCGAGUCACAGAUCGAGAACAUGAAAACAGAACUCAAGAAGAAGAGAAAGACUUUAUCAAAGAAGCAAGUAGACACGAAAUUAAAAAUUGAUGAACUGAAGUCAACUGUACCUAAAGAAACGUCUCGAUACGCUCAAAUGGAAGAAGACAUAAUGUCUGUAACACAGGAAGCCAUACAACAGAUCAUGUUUAAGAGAAAGCAACUUCUGGAUAAUCUCAAAGGGAUGUCAGACAUCCACAUCGGACAACUGAAAGCAAGUGUAAAAUCAAGAGGGUUUUCAUUACAGAUGUACCAACAGCAGACUGAGCUGAUAGACCAGGCUCUACAAUCUGAAUGUGACAUGGAUGUGUAUGAGAUGUAUCAGGGCUGUGAGGAAGGUGGUGUGGAGGCUGUUGGGGACGCAGAGGAUGGAAGAAUGGUCAGGGUCACAUUCAGACAUGACAUUGAGAAGCUGAGUAAAGCGCUGGGGGAUCUACAGCUGGGUGCGAUAGACGUCCUGCGUGAUGGCGAUGUGGACCUAACGGCUGAUCCAGUGCUACAAGACACCAUUACAGUCAGAUUAGCAGGAGAACCACGUGCAGCACGGAUAGCUGACUUGACCGUGAUGAUGGUGGAUGGUACAGAUACAGUUGUAGUCACAGAUCCUGUGAACGAAAGUGUAAAGUCAUUUUACACCAGGAACAAUCAACCAUGUCACAGUAGGCUAAGUCUAACAAACUUUCCGUAUGGUCUGACUCAGCUGCCACACAACCAGGUGGCUGUAACAGUUCCACGUAAAAACAAGAUUGUAAAACUAGGAGUCAACCCGGACCUGGAACUGCUGUCAACCAUCACAACCGCUAAACAGUACUGGGAUACAACAUAUGUGAACCCGUCAACACUCGCAGCAAGCUCCUUGGUUCCUCCCUGUGUAGAUAUCCUUGGUAUGAAAGGAAGCGUGCUGAAGUCAUUCAAUCCUCAUGACAAUGGUAACAUCUUUCGGUAUCCCGCCAACCUUUGCACCACAAAUACAGGACACAUCCUGGUGUCUGACAGGGCAUCCAAGGGUGUCGCGUGUCUGACCCCCAAGGGCGAGACGGUGUUCCACUACAGACCUACUGGAGACACAGCAUUGAAGGAGCCACGUGGUAUCACAAGUACCAGCAGGGGUGACAUCCUGGUGACAGACUCCUCCUUAAACAGAGUCAUUCAUCUGACUAAGUCGGGAGAGUUUGUAAGAAACAUACUGACAGAUGAGGACGGUAUUCAAGAUCCAGUAGGAGUUGAUAUAGAUGGACGUGGUCGGGUGUAUGUUGGCCUGUAUAAUCUUGGAAUUGUAAAGAUGUACAUGUGUUGACAAUGGCCAUAGUCGCAGUAAUUGUACACAUGGAAUAGCGUGGAAGGACGUGGUAUAGAUGUAUGUCUGGACACGGACAAUAUUUGAAAGCUCAAAUAUACACAUUUAAAACAAUAAUCCAUAAACCCAUCAAUCCUCUCAAUGCUACUACAGGAGAGCAGCAUAAUGACAUCCCCAAAUAAGACUUGCAAUAAUUAUUCAACAAGUCGGAUUUACGUGUCAUUUGAAUUAUGUAUGGAAUGCAUUUAUUCACAGCUUUCUAAAUAUAUAAUCUUCAAUUAGUUUAUAUACCUUUAAACGAAACGCCCGCGAAUCAAAAUGUGUUCGCCAAAUUUCUCGGCACACAGCCACAAAUAACGGCCAUUGUUGACUUAAGGUACAUCACGUCGAGUGGUACCCAGUCUAACAUUUUCUUCAUAAUGAAAUUAUUUUAAAUAAUUUGAUCAAUAUUUUUUGUUCUUGGGUGAAGAGAAAACACUGAAGUUUCCCAUUUUUGAAGCUUUAUAUUUACGACGUACUUCUGUUGAUGGACUGAAGUCCCCAUAAUUUCAGUAGUAUAUAUCUACGAGAUAAACCAGCCGGGGCACAUGUCAAAUGCUCAGUCAAAAUGACAAACUUAUACAAUCGAAAUGUUUCUCUGUGGGGGUAAAAAUUCUGUCCCACUCUGUGGGUCCAAAAAGUUUUGUUUUCAUUACUUGUAAGUAGUGGAGCCUCUGCACAUCCACGCAGUAGUCGUAAUUCUAAAAUAACAACUGAAUUAUUUGAUCUAUCGAUCAAUUGAUUGGUUUGUGUAUAUAUUUCGUAUUUUGCCCUAUGGAAUGGAAUGGGUUGUAUAUAUAUGACUGAACGGAUUGAAGACAGAAUUGUUCACAUACAAUUAGUUGAUAUAUCUACAAUAUAUUUUGACAUGAAUACACGUAGGUCACCUCUAUCAAAUGUUUCAACCGUGUGUAGCUACAAUGUGUGUUCCUUGACUGAAUGUGGGUCAUCGUGCCCCGGUUAGUUGGUGCUCGUGCUAUCUGCCACUUGUUCCAUAGUUCACAAGCUUUAUCAGUUAAAUCAAUUUGUUAACUGUGCAAGUGGACUCAUCUUCAGUUCUUGAAAUGAAAGCUAAUACUGUA